CGCAAGUGCAGCGCGUGGAAGCCCGAGCGGUGCCACCACUGCUCGGUGUGCGGGCGGUGCGUGCUGAAAAUGGAUCACCACUGCGUCUGGGUCGCCAACUGCGUCGGGGCGUACAACUACAAGUUCUUCCUCCUCUUCCUCCUCUACACAUUCGUCGCCACCAUCUUCGACGCCGUGGUACUCCUCGGUCCGUUCGUCGACUUCUUCAGGGACCUCGAGGCGUCCAGUCACGGCGGGGGGGGCGGCGUUUCAAAUAGCGGCGGUCGCGACCAGGAUUCGGGGUUCGUGGAGGUGAACGAUGAGCUCAACGGCGGGCAACAGGCGGGCCGGGGGGGCGGCAUGGCGGCGGUUUUCGUCACGUUUGUCCUGGACGUCGCAUUUGCCGCGUCGCUGCUGGGAUUCAUAAUCAUGCACGCCAACCUCAACCUGAGCAACAUGACGACGAUCGAGAUGUACGAGAAGAAGAAGACGCUGCCGUGGAGGUACAACGUCGGCGCGAGGAAGAACUUCGAGGAGGUGUUUGGGAAGAACCCGUGGCUCUGGUUCCUCCCCUACCACUCCACCGAUCAGCUCCGAAGGCUGCUCGACAUCUCCAGGCUCAGCGGCGGCACGUAUCCGGAGAUGCGAAGCGACGGGCUGGAUCCGGCGGGGGAGCCGACGCGCGCGGGGGAUUCGCCGCGGGGUAUGCCCCCUGGGAACACGUGCGCCAAGUGCAUAUGAUUCAUUCUAGAUGACGAGUUAAACAACGCCGACGGACAUCGUCGCGGUUAAUAGAGACACUAACUAAUCUUACU